CCGAAUUUGUGAUCCACCUUCACGAACAAAAUAGAUCUUUAUCUGCAUUCAAAAAAGCUUUGACAGAUGCUGGGGCUGACUUUCCUGAGUCUUUCAUAGCAAACUUGGAUCGUUUGAUCCAAAAAAUGAAUCCAAAAUAUAAAAACAAAGGCAAAGAACCGGACUCAUCAGUUAAUGGUGAUACUACGAACAACUAUAGUAUGGACGAGAAAGCUAGACUUUUCCCUGUUGCCACUGAAGCAAUGACUCAAUUAGAAGGCUUAGAAAGUCUUCUCCGCUCUAAAAAAUUAGAAGCAUUAGAAAAAGAGAAUACCAGAAAACACAGACGGAGUCGUAGCAGAAGUCGCUCACAUUCUCCAAAACGUAGAAGGUCAAGAUCACGUAGUCCACGGAGACGUAAUAGAAGUAGAAGUUAUAGUCCUGUACGUGGAAGAACUAGAGAUCGUGACAGGGAUAGAGCCAGGGAUAGAACUAGAGAUUCGAGCAGAGAUCAGUAUCGUGACCGUAAUGGGCGGGACAAGAAGGAGGAUUUGGAUGAGAAACCCAUGUUAUAUAAAAUUUAUAAUGGAAAAGUGACAAAAUUAAAAGACUUUGGUGCUUUUGUUUGUCUAGAAGGCGUCAAAGGAAGAGUAGAAGGUAUGGUUCACGUAAGCAUGCUCGUUACUGGUGGUAGGGUUUCGCAUCCGUCAGAAGUUGUGUCUCGAAAUGAGAGGGUCAAAGUAAAAGUAAUGUCUGUGGCCGCUUCCAGGAUAAGUUUAUCUAUGAAAGAUGUUGAUCAAGAAACAGGAAGGGAUUUGACUCCACAUUUGCGCGUAAAAACUGAUGAUGAACUUUUGGCCGAGAUCUCUCGUAAUCCUGACCGCCCAUUCUCUUUUGGAAAAGUACCAAUAAUUGAAGACAACGAUGGACCAAAUAGCCUUAAACGACUCUCUUCACCAGAGCGUUGGGAGCUUAAACAACUUAUAGCAUCAGGUGUUCUAAGUGCAUCUGAACUGUCAAAUUAUAAUGAAGAUCAAGGACAAGGAUUUAUCGAGAGCAUGGAAACAGAAGAAGAAUUAGAUAUUGAGAUUCGAGAGGAUGAACCUCCAUUUUUAAGGGGACAAACUAAGCAUACAAUGCAAUUAAGUCCAAUUAAAGUAGUCAAAGCUCCAGAUGGUACCCUGAACCGUGCCGCUCUUGCAGGUGCCUCAUUAGCGAAGGAGCGAAGAGAAUUACGUACGCAGCAAGCGAAUGCAGAAUUAGAUUCAGUCCCAAAAGAUAUAAAUAUCCCUUGGUUAGAUCCGAUGCCCGAACCAGGUGAACGUCAUUUUGCUCAAGAUUUAAGAGGAAUUGCUGCUGGUCGCAAGGCUGGAGAAGUACCCGAAUGGAAAAGAGAAACCUUCAAUAAAGCGACCAGUUUUGGCAAGGUCACAUCAUUAUCCAUUCAAGAACAACGACAGAGCUUACCUAUAUAUAAAAUGCGUACACAACUGAUUAAUGCUAUUAAAGAGAAUCAACAACUAAUUAUAGUAGGUGAUACGGGGUCAGGAAAAACAACACAAAUGACACAAUACCUUGUUGAAGAAGGAUUCGCAGCUCGUGGCAAAAUCGGAUGCACUCAGCCUCGUCGUGUUGCCGCAAUGUCAGUGGCGAAACGUGUGGCUGAAGAAGUCGGUUGUCGAUUGGGAGAAGAAGUCGGUUAUACCAUUCGUUUUGAGGACUGUACUAGUCCAAAUACACAAAUUAAAUAUAUGACUGAUGGUACAUUACUCAGAGAAUGUUUACUGGAUCCUAAUUUAACCCAAUAUUCUGUUAUUAUUUUGGAUGAGGCACACGAAAGGACUAUAAACACCGAUGUGUUAUUUGGUUUACUUAAAAAAACUCUUAAGAACCGACAAGAACUUAGAGUAAUUGUCACUUCAGCUACGUUGAAUGCUGAAAAAUUUUCAAAAUACUUCUAUAAUUGUAUGAUUUUCACUAUUCCUGGCCAAAACUUCCCGGUCGAGGUUCUCUACACCAAAGAACCAGAAACUGAUUAUUUAGAUGCUGCAUUGAUUACCGUCAUGCAAAUUCACCUUUCAGAACCACCAGGUGAUAUUCUUCUUUUUUUGACGGGUCAGGAAGAGAUUGACACAGCGUGUGAAAUUCUUUACGAGCGUAUGAAAGCCCUCGGCCCACAAGUUCCAGAUCUAGUGAUAUUGCCAGUGUAUUCCGCUUUACCAAGUGAAAUGCAAUCUCGUAUUUUUGAACCUGCACCUCCUGGUAGUCGUAAAGUAGUUAUAGCGACAAAUAUAGCAGAAACUUCAAUCACUAUUGAUGGUAUCUACUAUGUUGUAGAUCCAGGGUUUGUAAAACAAAAUGCAUAUGAUGCUAAAGUCGGAAUGGAUUCUCUUAUUGUGACUCCUAUCUCUCAAGCACAAGCAAGACAACGCUCUGGCCGUGCGGGCCGUACAGGACCUGGAAAAUGUUAUCGACUUUACACGGAGGCUGCAUAUAGGAAUGAAAUGCUUCCAAAUCCAGUACCCGAAAUUCAGCGAACAAAUCUCGCCCAUACUGUAUUAACACUCAAAGCUAUGGGAAUUAACGAUUUAUUACAUUUUGAUUUUAUGGACCCCCCACCUGUUCAAACACUUCUUACUGCGUUAGAACAGCUUUAUGCUCUCUCCGCCUUGGAUGAUGAAGGCCUGCUGACAAGAUUGGGUCGUAAAAUGGCAGAAUUUCCUUUGGAACCGCCACUAUCGAAGAUGUUGAUUCUCGCAGUUGAUCUUGGUUGUUCUGAUGAGAUUCUUACAAUAGUCGCGAUGCUUUCUGUUCAAAACGUCUUUUAUAGGCCUAAAGAAAAGCAAGCCAUUGCUGACCAAAAGAAAGCAAAGUUUCAUCAACCUGAAGGGGAUCAUCUAACCCUUUUGACCGUCUAUAAUGCAUGGAAAGCUAGUAAAUUUUCGAAUGCUUGGUGUUUUGAAAAUUUCAUUCAAGGACGAAGCAUGAAACGGUGUCAAGAUAUUCGCAAACAAUUACUGGGUAUCAUGGAUCGAUAUAAACAAGACAUUAUUUCGUGUGGUAGAAAUUAUAACAAAGUUCGUAGAGCAAUUUGUGGAGGAUUUUUCCGUCAUGCAGCAAAGAAAGAUCCCCAAGAAGGUUACAAGACAUUAGUUGAAGGAACUCCGGUGUAUAUACAUCCUUCCAGUGCAUUAUUUAAUAAGGGUCCAGAAUGGGUUAUAUAUCACGAACUAGUGAUGACAACUAAAGAAUAUAUGAGAGAAAUCACUGCUAUUGAACCCAAGUGGCUCACUGAAGCUGCGCCUACGUUCUUCAAGGUUGCUGACGCAAAUACAAUCAGUAAACGCAAACGAGGUGAAAAGAUCCAACCAUUAUACAACAAAUACGAGAAACCAAAUGAAUGGAGAUUAAGUCGUGUUAAAAGACAUCAAAGA